AAAAUAAAUCUGUUGCCCGUACCUGGCCUUGCCUUCUUCCGGCUGCUUCUCUACCUUCUCACUGUCACCGAUCUCUGCUCUACUGCUGCAACUUCCUCCUCCUCUGCCGCCGCGGAGUUCCUGCCCGACCGACGUGAACAAAGGUCUUUGGAGCUUGUUCUGCUGAUACAUAGGAAGCUUUCUGCUGGGGUAUAAAGUUGGUGUUUUUGAUUUGUUAAGAUGGACGAGGACCAAGAGAUGGAAAGAUUCGGGAUGGAUAAUGAUUACGAGGGAGGGGAAUGGAUUAAUGGCGAGUUCUACUAUCGGAAGAAGCGAGAGAAGCGGACCCAGACAAAGGAGGACGUGCUCUAUGGCGUUUUUGCUGAUUCUGACUCUGAUUACGAUGAUUACUCCUCUAAGAAGCGGAAGAACCGGGAAUCUAGGAAGGCAGAUCUUACAAAGCCUGUCAACUUUGUUUCCACCGGUACUGUCAUGCCUAACCAAGAGAUUGAUGAUAACUCGAGACGACAAAAUGAUGGGGAGGAUGAUAUGGAUGAGGAGAGGCCUGGUGUCGGGACUAGUGGUGUUGGUGCUGGUCUAGGUUUUAAGAAGCAGGAUGAUGAGGAUGAUAGGGCAGAUGAUUUCUUGCCGAGUGCUUUCGGGAGGAAGAUUGUGGAGGGAGCUGAGAGAAGGAAAGAGAAGUCGAAGAUGGAGAAGAAAGCUCAGCUGCAGAGUCAAGGGAAGAGGGAUUCGGUCAUUGCUGGCAGUGUGGGAAGUUUUGAGAAACACACCAAGGGAUUUGGGUUGAAGAUGCUCGAGAAGAUGGGUUACAAGGGAGGAGGGCUUGGGAAGAACGAGCAGGGGAUUGUUACGCCCAUUGAAGCGAAGUUGCGGCCCAAGAAUAUGGGUAUGGGGUUCAAUGACUAUAAAGAGUCCGCCCCCAAGUUGGGUCCUGGCUUGCAACAGCCGGAGGACAAUAAACCUUUGCCAGCUAUUCCGAGUUCCAUCGAGAGGCUCUGGUCAAAACGAGCACAAAAGAAGAAGAAGAAGGAGAGUUAUGUCACGGUGGAGGAGCUAUUGGCUAAGAAGCAAGAACAGGGUGUGGAGGUUGUUCAGAAGGUGCUCGACAUGCGUGGGCCCCAGGUCAGGGUCUUGGCAAAUUUGGAUGAUCUAAACGCUGAAGAAAAAGCGAGGGAAAGUGAUGUUCCGAUGCCUGAACUUCAGCACAAUGUCAAGUUAAUAGUUGACUUGGCGGAGCUCGAUAUUCAGAAGAUCGAUCAAGACCUCAGGAAUGAAAAGGAAACUGCUCUAAGCUUACAGAAGGAGAAGGAGAAAUUGCAAGAUGAGGUGGAGCGCCAGAUGAAGCAGCUUGAUGCUGUGGAUGAAAUAGCUGCUCUAUUGGGUCAACUUGAAGAAGCGAAGACAGUGGGGACCCUGACACUGGAUUCACUUGCUGAAUGCUUCAGCGACUUGCAGAGGAGAUUUCCCGAGGAGUAUAAGAUCUUUAACCUGUCGUGCAUUGCUUGCUCUCAUGCACUUCCGUUAUUUAUCAGAAUGUUUCAAGGGUGGGACCCUCUUCAGAAUCCUUCACAUGGGUUGGAGUUGGUUUCUGUGUGGAAGACUCUGUUGCAAGGGGAGGAGUCUCUGGACAUAUGGGAUGUGGGAACUCCUUACACUCAGCUGAUGGCAGAAGUCGUGUUGCCCGCUGUGAGAAUAUCUGGGAUAAACACUUGGGAACCGAGGGAUCCUGAACCUAUGCUCCGAUUCUUGGAAACAUGGGAGAAGUUACUGCCUUCCUCAGUGCUUCAAUCUAUUCUGAAUAUUGUCGUGAUGCCGAAAUUAUCGAGUGCAGUGGACUCUUGGGACCCACACCGAGAGACCGUUCCGAUUCACAGGUGGAUGCAUCCUUGGCUACCUCUUUUGGGGCAGAAGAUGGAGGGAAUGCACGAGAUGAUUCGGUACAAGCUGAGUAGUGUCCUUCAUGCUUGGCACCCUAGUGAUGCCUCUGCUUUUACGAUACUCAACCCGUGGAAGACUGUCUUUGAUUCCGCGAGUUGGGAGGAUCUCAUGCGUCGAUUUAUUGUCCCGAAGUUGCAACUCGUCCUUCAAGAGUUCCACAUAAACCCAGCAGACCAGAACCUCAGUCAGUUUGAUUGGGUGAUUCGUUGGGCGUAUGCAAUCCCAGCCCAUUUAAUGGUUGACUUGAUGGAGAGAUUCUUCUUUGCUAAGUGGCUUCAGGUGCUAUACCACUGGCUUUGUUCAAACCCGGAUUUUAAUGAGGUGAUGAAGUGGUAUCAGGGUUGGAGAGACCUUCUCCCUGAGGCACUGCGGUCAAACGAGAGUAUCAGAUAUCAGCUACGAGUGGGCCUCGAUAUGAUGGAUAAGGCUGCAGAAGGGUUGGAGCUCGUACAACCUGGGCUGAGAGAGAACAUAAGCUAUCACCGGGUCCUUGAGCAGAGGCAAUUUGAGUCUCAGCAGAGAGCAGCAGCUGCCACUCGUGCUGCUGCAGCCGUGGGAGCCACGGCUCAGGUGCCGGACAGCGGGCCUGACAUGAAGCUGAAGGAAGUAAUUGAGGCUUACGCUCAAGAGCACGAGGUGCUCUUUAAGCCCAAACCUGGAAGGAUGCACAAUGGCCUGCAGAUAUAUGGGUUUGGGAAUGUGAGCGUGAUAAUCGAUUCGAUUAAUCAGAAAGUGUUAGCCCAAACGGAGGAAACGUGGUCGUCCGUAUCCCUUGGCGACUUGUUGAAGUUGCAUAACCGGUCACUGAUGAGGAGACGCUGAAAAUAUACAAAACAGGAGGUCAUGGACUGUCGCUAGGGUCAAUAGCAGUAGAACAUUGGAUCUAGUUUCCAAUUUUCCUUUGAUUUAACUUUGUACGGAAGAAGGAUUCUUUCCAUUUGCCUUUCAAGUUUAGGAGUAAUCAAUUUCUUAUCCUUGUAUAGUGAAA